UAUCUCAGUGUCAUUUCUGUAAGAGUCAAACCCCACAACAGUUAGAAUAGAGAUUUGGUGCUGGACACAUCGACAGGACAAGAUGCUGAAGAAGCUGUUGCAGGGACAUCUGCUUUUCCCAUUGAUCCUGGUGGCUGGAAUUGGAGGAAGCUUCCAAUAUGGAUUCAAUGUUUCUUCCAUCAAUGCAAACUCAGCUUAUAUUAAGCUUUUUAUUGCUGAGACGUGGGCUGAGCGUUUUGGCACCAAACUGGAGGACACGACAGUCAAACUUAUUUGGUCCUUAGUUGUUUCCAUCUAUCCUAUUGGAGGCUUGCUGGGAACACUGAACGCCGGGCAUCUAGCAGUGAAGUACGGAAGAAAGAAAGUCCUGCUGUUCAAUAAUCUGGUGGAUAUUCUAGCAGCUACAAUAAUGCUGCUCAGCAGGAUGGCUCGAUCUUUUGAGAUGAUUAUGGUGGGACGCUUCUUGUAUGGAAUCAAUGCAGGGAUUGGCCUCAAUGUUCAGAGUAUGUACCUUGGAGAAAGUUCACCAAUCAAACUUCGAGGAGUUGUGUCUUUGACCCGAGCCAUGUUUGUUGCCUUUGGCAAAGUGACAGGACAGACCAUUGGACUCAGAGAAGUGUUGGGCACUGAACAUAGAUGGCAUUUCCUGUUGGCCUUCAGUGGGCUGCCUGCCCUGAUUCAGCUCAUCAGCUUGCCUUGGUUCCCAGACAGCCCCAGGUACCUGUUGAUUGACAGACAGGACAAGGUCUUGUGCUUGGAUGCAUUACAAAGGCUCUGGGGGAAAGGUGACUUCAGUGAGGAGAUUGCGGACAUGGAGGCAGAGCAAGCGGUAAUAAAGGGAGAAGGUGCUAGAACAGCCCGGGAGAUGUUCAGAGACAGGUCAAUUCGGUGGCAACUCAUCACAAAUGUCAUGGUCACUGUUGCAAUGCAGCUGUGUGGUAUCAAUGCUAUUUAUUUCUAUGCCUCUGAGGUUUUCCAAGAAGCGGGAAUUCCAUCAUAUUCAAUCCCAUAUGUGGUACUUGGAGCAGGUGGAACACUCCUUUUCACCUCACUCACAUGUGGAUUCUUUAUAGAACGAGAUGGCAGGAAAGCAUUACUUUGGAAAGGAUACGGAAUGAUGACCGUGUGGGCAACCCUCUUGUGUGUCACUCUCCCUCUGCAGGCUCGCUUUACCUGGAUGCCGUACUGCAGCAUAUUCCUCAUCUUUGCUUAUAUCUUCAGCUAUGGAAUGGGCCCUGCUGGUGUUACUGCCAUUAUACCGUUUGAAAUCUUCACUCAGUCCUGUCGUCCAGUUGCAUACGCGAUAAAUGGCACUUUCCACUGGCUGGGCCUCUUUGUCAUGGGAAUGGUUUUCCCAUUCAUUGUCGAGGGACUGGGCCCAUUCUGUUUCCUGAUAUUCCUGGGAGACUGCCUUGUCAUCGCGGUGUAUGUGUUCAUUAUCCUGCCAGAAACCAAAGGGAAAUCAAUCCUUGAAAUAACUGCAGAAUUUCAGAAACUAAACCAAAGGAGAGCAGGACCUGUCACUUUGCUUGAUGGUGUUAAAUUCAAACAAAACAAUCCUGAAAUUUUCAUUAUAGCCACCAAACUGUGAUGUGGAAUUCUGCAGGAAAAUGCCCAAAGAAUGAGGCCUCACGACAGCACCCAUCCCAUUCCCGGGCAGUUCAUCUUCCAACAAUCAGACGGAUCUUUUCUCACACUGCAACUUGAUCAUGUGACCAGAGUCUGGGCACUCGCCAGACAUACAAGAUUACAAACGAGGUUAGAAUGAAGAAGUCCCUUUGGCUCAAUUGAUCAUAUCCUUCCAGAAUAAUGCUGGCAUCCCAUUAUAGCAUUAAGCUGUUCCUUAAAUUACUCAAAUGAACUGGCCUCAAUCACCUUUCUUGGUAAUAAUCUGUUCCAAAUCAUUAAUUACACUGCAGUUAAAGAAUUAUUUCCUGUCAUCCUGAAAUUGCCCUUUGCAACCAUGAACCAAUACCUUCUUAUAUUGCCGCCUUGCCGUAUCUGAAAGUAGUCUGACCAUUGAUUUGCUAUCAUUAUAUGACCCAGAUCUAGGCUGGUUCUUUCACUGUGAGGCAUUCUGAUUAUUGUCAUGGUCAAUGCUCAAUGAGCGAUUAUAUGCCUGGAUUAGCAAUCAUCAACGAAGACACUCUUUAGCAGGUCAUUUUUAACAUAGACAGUGGCCCACCAGGUCUGAGGAAUUCCCCAGGAGUAGUUUCAAAAUUCCCCGCCAGUAAAUUGCUUUUGCAUAAUAAUAAUAAUAAUAAUAAUAAUUAUAAUCAAGGUAACGGCGAUUUAAAUAGUAGUCGUCAAGUGGUCACUAUUUAGAUGGUGGUGGUGUCGAAUCUGUAGCGAGUCCUCUCGUGAUUAGUCACUUUGACGAGCGCUGUGGACAGGGUGGACUCAGACUGGAGGGGCUCGAGUAGGGAGUGGACGGAGAGGUGUGAGCAAAGUUGAUUUGCAACAACACAUUCCAGAACUUUAGCAAGGAAAGGCAAGUUGGAAAUGGGCUGGUAGUUAGCAAGCUUCGAGGGAUCGAGGGUAGGUUUGUUGGGGAGGGAAGUGAUGACAGCAGUUUUGAG